AGUUUUUGUUUUAUAUUAUAUUUUAUUUAAAACUCUAGUUCCACACACCUCUAGUGCAAGUCCCUUUUCCUCUAGCCUCUGGACUCAAAAUCAAAUGAAAAAAAAGAAAAAAAAGGGAAAAUGAUUAAACUAGUUACUACGUUCAGCAAACAAAGCCUUACGACAAUAGAAGGCUUUCUUCAACGGAGGACUCUGACCCAUGCAAACUAUCAAUUACCAUUCUCAGAACCACCCGAGCUUUCUCGCACAUCAGCUUCCAUGCAAUACUUGUUUUCAAACCCCUGCUUUUCUCUUCUUCGUUUCUGCAGAAACAUCGAUUCGCUCAAGAAAGUCCACGCCUUGCUUAUUGUAGACGGAUUGAGUAAUGAUAUUCUCUGCGGCACUAAAUUGGUUAGCUUGUAUGGUUCUUUUGGGCACGUCCAGAAUGCCCGGUUAGUGUUCGAUCAAAUGCGUGACCCAGAUCUUUAUUCCUGGAAGGUGAUGCUUAGGUGGUACUUUUUGAAUGAUUUGUAUUCGGAGGUUAUAGUGUUCCAUAACUAUAUGAGAAAAUGCUCCAGUAAGCAAGAUAAUAUUGUUUUCUCAAUCGUGUUGAAGGCAUGUAGCGAAUUGCGGAACGUAGAUAAAGGGAGGAAGGUUCAUUGCCAGAUUGAGAAGGUGGGGAAUCCAGAUAGUUUUGUGUUGACGGGCUUGGUAGAUAUGUAUGCUAAAUGUGGGUGGAUUGAGAGUUCUCGUGUUGUUUUUGAUGGAAUUCUGGACCGAAAUGUGGUUUCUUGUACUUCAAUGAUUGUGGGAUAUGUGGAGAAUGACUGUGCGGAAGAAGGGCUGGUUUUGUUUAAUCGGAUGAGAGAGGGAUUCAUUGAGGCUAAUCCAUUCAUGUUAGGGAGCUUAGUUUCAGCAUGUAGAAUAUUAGGGGCUUUGCAUCAGGGGAAAUGGAUUCAUGGUUGUGUUAUUAAAACUGGUAAUGAAAAUAAUUAUUUCUUGGGGACAGGUCUUCUAGACAUGUAUGUCAAGUGCGGAGAUGUUAGAGAUGCUCGUUCUAUGUUUAAUGAACUUUCGACAGUUGAUCUUGUUUCAUGGACGGCAAUGACCGUUGGCUACUCUCAGAUGGGUUAUCCAGAUGAGGCUUUGAAAUUGUUUACCGAUAAGAAAUGGGCUGCUUUGUUGCCAAAUUCAAUUACCUUAGCGAGUGUGCUUUCAUCAUGUGCACAGCUGGGAAAUUUGAUUUUGGGGAGGUCUGUCCAUGGUCUUGGAAUUAAACUUGGAUUGGAAGAAUCUAUAAUGCGAAAUUCUCUUAUGGACAUGUAUGCAAAGUGCUCUAUGAUUGGUGAUGCUCGCUACAUAUUUGAAACCAUCUUGGACAAGGACAUGGUUGCUUGGAAUUCCAUUAUCUCUGGGUAUACACAAAAUGGGUGUGCCUAUCAAGCCCUUCAAUUAUUUCAUCAAAUGAGAUCAGAAUCGUACGCACCUGACUCUAUCACAUUGGUUAGUGUCCUCUCAGCUUGUGCUUCCCUUGGUGCACUUCGAGUUGGUUUAGCUCUUCAUGCUUAUUCUACAAAGGGUGGUCUGCUGACAUCUAAUAUCUUUGUUGGUACCGCACUUCUAAACUUUUAUGCCAAAUGUGGGGAUGCUAAAUCUGCACGUAUGGUUUUUGAUGGAAUGGAGGAGAAAAACACCAUCACCUGGAGUGCAAUGAUUGGUGGUUAUGGGAUGCAGGGGGACAGUAGUGGAUCCCUUGCCCUAUUCAGUGAAAUGUUGAAGCAAAAUCUCGAGCCCAAUGAAGUAAUCUUCACAACUAUUCUAUCAGCAUGUAGCCAUGCAGGAAUGAGUGGGCAAGGAUGGGGUUAUUUUAAUUCAAUAUGUCAGCAGUAUAAAUUUGUGCCUUCUGUGAAACAUUAUGCAUGUAUAGUUGAUCUCUUGGCCCGUGUGGGUAGGCUUGAAGAAGCAUUGGAAUUUAUUGAGAAAAUGCCAAUUCAACCCGAUAUUAGUGUGUUUGGAGCUUUUCUCCAUGGAUGUGGACUCCAUUCAAGAUUUGAUCUAGGAGAAGUUGUGAUAAAAAAAUUACUACAGCUUGAUCCUGAUGAAGCUUGUUAUUUCGUGCUCAUUUCUAACCUGUAUGCUUUGGAUGGAAGAUGGAACCAGGUUAGUCAGGUAAGAGAACUGAUGAGGAAGAGAAAAUUUAGCAAGUACCCUGGGUGCAGCCUGGUAGAGAUGGAUAUCAGAAACGAUAUUUCACCCGUGAGGAUGGAAUGUUUUGGUUAGCUUUAUAGUUUCUUCUGGUUCCUGAUAAAAAAGUUUGUAUGAUAAGGAGUUCUUAAAAAGCUGCAGAACUUCUUGUUAGCAUGAAUAUUAUAUUUAGUGCUCGAAAUCAUUUAAUAGGUUAAUCUAAUCUGCCAUGGACUCAUCUCGAACUGGUGCCAUUUUUAAUGUUGGAUUUAGCAUGAUACACCAGCAGAAUAAGAGCUCAUUAAAAACACAUAGAAGAGACAUUGGAGUCAUAAAAUCAACUGAAAUGGCCUAGUUGGAGAAUGGUGUCUGAAAUAUGUGCUUACAGCUGUAAUCUUCCUUUUUUGCGACCUCAAUAUGGUAUGAACAGAGACACAGAUUGCAGCAGAUCUUAUGCUUUCCCCAUGGAAUCAAAGAAGAAUCAUAGGAUGCUAUAAGACUGUACAGUGUCCAAUAUGAAUGAAAAACAAUGCACUUGGACAUCUUGUGAAGCUUGAAGCACUUAAGAAUUUUGACCACAUUGCCAUUUUAAUUCCAGACUGUAUAGACAUUUGGAUAAAUUACAAAGGUGAAGAAGGGUGUUAGUUGAGGUGGGGUAAUUAGAAGUUGAGAAGGUUGUACAAAUUAUGUAAAACAUACUGGAAAGUGCCUGUUUCCUGUGUAAUACUAGAAAGCUAACUAUUUUUACCCUGAAAGAUUUCUUUUGUAUACUUGUGCAAAGAAAGAGGCUUCUAUUUAUGGUUUUCGUAUGUUUUAAAGUGAUAUAAAGGUAUCGGGUAGAGUUCUAUUUAUGGUUUUCGUAUGUUUGCAAGUGAUAUAAAGGUACCGGGUAAAGUUAAUCCAGGAAACUAGAAUACUGGAUAGAAGAAUAUUACUGUACAGAAGGCAGGAGGCGGUUAAGUUCAACGGCAGGUUGAUCCAGGGUUCUUCUAAAGUAAAAUGGGAAAAGUUUAUUUAUUACCAUAAGAGUUGUCUUGAGGUGAAUCUACUAAGUUCUCUAGCAAUUGAAUGAUAGAUGUAAAGAGCAAGAGGGUACAUAUUAGCUUGACAAGUGUUAGGCUGAAAGUCGAAAUAUUUAUGCUUUAAUAACUGUUUUAUCAUUCUUGUAACUCUGGAUUUUUUCUU